AUAAUAAAACAAAAAUCAAAUUUUCUACAAAUCAAAAGUUAAGUUCUGGUAGGUUUUUCGUUUUCGGAGGUAAAAUUUGUUGUUAGCUACCACUAGUCUAGGAUAGCUAUUUGUUUCUAAGAAAAACUGAUUUCCUACAAUUAAAUUGAACUACUGCACGUAAAAGUGAUUAAAUCUCAAAUAAUACAUUAAUAAUCCAGAUAUCAGCAACCUAACCUAAAACACAGAAAUGUGUCAGUGGAGAUCCCGCGCCAAAACUGAUUUUUGUGCGCCUGUGAAUUGUGUUAAAUAAUACCUACGUUAAAAAAUACAUAACUUUUGUUCAAUAAUGGUUGGAAUGGGAAAGCCGUACAUGCCUUACGAAGAAAAACAAAUAGUUGAUUUUAUAAUUGAUCAUCAAGGAUGUGCGCGAUUAAAAGGUGCUGUUUUUUGGCAAGAAAUGGAAUCGCACAUAAGUGAUCGUACGUGGCAGUCGUUAAAAGAACAUUUUCGUAAAAAAAUCUAUCCAAACAUACAUUUUCCACGGUUUGGUUUGACCAGUGAACAAAUUAGUGAGAUACGAAUGUGUUAUAACAAGAAACGAAAAACGAAUCAAAAUAUAACAGAUCACCCACAUGCGCUACCGGACUUUUAUGACGAUGAUAUUAAAUAACUUUUAAAAUUUAAAAGGAAAUUAAGAUUUAAAAGAUGUACAACACCAUCUAUAAUUUUCAAUGUCAAACUAUUUGACAACUGGUAAAUCAAUAAAAAAUAACCUAAAAGUGUUUCAAUAAAAUUUUAAAUGUAUCAAGAAAAAUAUCGUUAAUACGUUUAUAAAUGAUUUCCGAUCCGGAUUUAGCCCCAGUCAUGGAUUUUAAUAAAGACAGAUACCCCUAUUGCAUAGUAUGGACACCAAUUCCUAUUCUUACCUGGCUCUUCCCCAUGAUCGGUCACAUGGGAGUAUGCAUGUCAUCGGGUGUCAUUCGAGAUUUUGCCGGACCAUACCAUGUAUCGGAAGACAAUAUGGCUUUUGGUCGACCAACAAAAUACUGGCAAUUAACUCCAUCGAAAGCAAGGGGUGGUCCAUCAGGUUGGGAUGAAGCAGUUUUAGAAGCUUCUGAUAUAUAUAAAGGACGAAUGCACAAUUUGUGUUGUGAUAAUUGUCAUUCUCAUGUUGCUACAGCAUUAAAUUUAAUGCGUUAUGAUAACUCUAUGAGUUGGAAUAUGGUUAAAUUAUGUAUUAUGUGUUUAAUUUAUGGGAAAUAUGUUGGAUUUGGGGGAUUUUUGAAGACUUGGUUGCCGUUUUUAAUAAUUGUAUCGAUUAUUAUCGUGAUUGCUUUAACUGUAAAAUAAAUGUUUUGAUUACAUUACAA